AUGCGUAUAAAUGGCUAUCAACGCCAGAUACGUGCAUUGAAAGCAAAGAUUUCGCGUAUACCCAGCCGCCUUGCAACUGCCACGAACCGCAUUGCCCGUACAUUCAAUGAUAAAGCUGACGAGGAGCGGACUUUCUUCCUGAAGGACUCCAAUGGCAUAAUUCCCGAUGAGACUCGAGACAUCUUUCUCGAUCUUGUGGCAAUGGAUGCCGUGCCUGCAAACAAGGUGACACGCGUGUUUAAACGGAUUGCAUGCGCACUUGGCAUCGAAAUAGAGGGAGAUUUGUCACGUAGAAGUGUUGGUAGAAUCGUGAAAGAAGGCGGGAACGCGUCGAAGUUACAGAUUAUCGAAUCCCUUAAGGAUGCAAAAGGUAUUACACUCAGCGGAGAUGGUACAACUCACAAGAACGAAACGUAUGAAUCGAAAUUUGCUACUGUCAUUACACCCAACAAAAAACUCCAAUUCUUCCUUGGUUUGAAGAUGGCCGUGAAUCAUACUAGCGAGACGCAGUUAGCUGGGUGGAUUGAGACUACGGAGGAUCUUUUUCACCUUGCAUACGAAAGUGGACUCAUUUCUGAGGACGACGCGCGUAUUUUCUGGAAUCUUGUUACUGGGUUUCACUCCGAUCAUGCUGCUGAUCAAAAGAAACUCUUCGAGCUGUUGAAAAAGUGGAAAACACGUUUAGAGCGUGAAGUUCGAGGGGAGCGUGCUGUUAAGCGGCUCACCGAUAACGAAUACGCGUGCCUCAUCUUCCAAGGCUCGCAGGUGCUUGUACAGAAGGCAGGUGGUCCGGCGGCUUGGGACGCGCUAGGUACCGAAGAACGUACAUAUAGGAUUGACGAGAUGAGGAAGCAGAUAAUCCGGGAUAUAGGAGAGACGGAAUUCGAGAAGUUGUCAGAGGCAGAGAAGGCAGAGGUAGAUCUCAUCCUUUGGGCAGGCUGCUGCAUGCACAAAGAGAUGAACGCGUUCAAGGGAGGAUGUGUCGGCUUGGAUGAGUACUGGAAUGGACACCCUGACCUCCCUCCACCAAUCCUUCUUCCUAAUCGUGACAACGCAGCAGCAAUUGAGAAAGCACCAGGUACCGAAGCAGCAGAACGCGCUACAGCACGAAGUGAACGGGGAGCAAUCAAAGUAGCGAGUUUGGCUGGUGCAAUUUUUCGACACAAAGACAGGAAACGAGGUCAGCAAGACACCUUACGGUUCUUCUUUGACGAGAAGUUGGCUUGUGCAUUGAUAAUCACUCACAUGGAUUUAUUCAUUGAGUUCUUGACGUACGUGCAACAUAACAAGGGCACUGGAAAGUUAAACCAUAUGGAGCAGAAUGUUCUUGCUGGUUUGAAUGAUCCCCCAACGCGCCAGGAGUUCUGUGUUAUCACGCUGUAUUGGUUGGCCAUAAGUGUCCCAUAUAUGCGAGAGAUACGAGGUCCUCAUGCCAAAGAGGACAACAUUCUGAGGCUUGGGGACUUUCAUCGGCGCGUUAUCGAUCACAUUGACACGUUAAUAAAAGAACCUGAACGUCUUCUCGGUCCAGACGCGUCGGCUGCCCGAGGAUCUCUCGAUGGACUAGCUUGGGAACGGCCUGACGCGUUCUAUGCUGCUCAAAAACACGCAUCGCAAUGGCUACCACAGAUACGGAACCUUUUAGUACACUUUCUCAAAAGAGCCAAGGAUUCUUGGCUUCGUUUCAUCUCAGAAUUCGAGGAGGGCGGCUCACUUUCACGCGCAACGCCUGAGCAAAUUGAACGCGCCUGGAUGGAGAAAACAAAUGAUUUGAAUGAAGGAGCUUUCAGAACAUACAGACAAACUAGUCGUGCAAAUCCUACCUUAUCUCUCACCCAAUAUAAUGCUCGACAAAUGUUCAAAUUUAAUCAAACGUCUGCAUACCUUCGUACUCUCAAUCCAGCAAUGCGCCAAUGGCUACGAAAAAUCACUCGUACUCAGGACGCAUCAGGAGAUAAUCACCGAGAACGUAUCCAAAUGGCUCAGCAUCGUCAGGAAGUAGCGGAGAAGAAGAUCGAGAAGGAUACCGAACGAAAAGAAAAGCGACAAGCAGCUCGGAAUGCUGUUGAUGCUGUUAGGCCAAUCUUCGCCCUGACAGAAAUUGAUUAUCGUGCUUCGAGAGCACAGGGUACUACAGGCUAUUUUUCUGUUCCCGAAAUCACGAUGCAGCUUAAAUGGCACAAACAACAUGGUAUUAAAGGAGCUGUCCCUCAAGUUGAAAGCUCUUGGGGCAAACGAGAUGAGAAAGUUCAGCUCCUCAGAGCGGCAGUUGAGGAGUAUAAUAGUGCUCAUGCAUCCGAAAGUACUGAAGAACCUGAAGAUCUGGCAGAGGAGACUAUUCCAGACAUUACUGUAGAGGCCUUGGAUGAGUUUGACUCAGAUGGCUAUGAUUCAGAGGAAGAGUAUUAUAGAUAA